UGGUCGCGCUUUUCGUACUUCGUGACCUCGAGCCAAAUAUUUUACCUUAUGCCGCCCUUCGUGUUUGGAAAAGAACAAAAUGUUUAAGCUACAGAGCUAAGUAGAAAAAUGUCCACGGGGAAAUGAUGAUGGUGAUACUUUUCGCUGUUGAGAUAAAACAGUUUCUGAGACGGGGACUUAAGAAGGAAAGCUUGCUAGUUUUCUAUCUGGAUGACGAAAAUGUAUGUUAAUUUUAUCCCGCCCGUCGGUCACGGAUCGCAUAUUGUUUAGUUAAGUUACCCGUGUGCAUCUUGAUAAGCUGAUUGUAAAGACACCCCAAUAUUUAUUGUCUUCUAAAAUCAAUAUAGGUACAAGUGUUUCUGUUACUCGGCUGAGAGCAGCGUAGUUUGGUAAUUCAAAGAAUAACUUACAGAAGCUUUCCAAGCGAAUUAGAGAUGACUAUAGCGCAUAUUGGCUGUCCGGCGAAAAGAUUAUAGCAACGCGGAAAAACUGGAGUGAAAUCAUGCAAGGUUAUACUUGAAGUCGUUUAAUAGAGUUGUUUUCACAAACAUAAGCUUGACGUCGAUGGCAAAGGAAAGCCUCUUGGACAGUGACAAGGUCGUAUACUCAUCGGAAGAUGAGGAUGAAGAGACCAAAAGGGCUCGGGGGUGCGCUACUUCAUAUUUAGUCGACGAACGUGAGACUUCGGGCAAGUUGCCUCCGAAGUUUCGUCAGCGCUGGUUUAGAGCCGCUUCAAUGCUGGCGCUAGUUUCAUUUAUAUCGGCCGUUGGAUUUAGCAUAGCGUCGAUUAUAAUUUCACAAACAACUGAAAGUUCAGCGGUGUUUGCAACAGGUUUCGACGCAUUCUUUGCGGCUAUAAAUGUGGUAGCUGUCUGUUGGAGAUUUCGUGACGAACUCAACGGAGAAAUCGGAACAAUGAGAGAGAAGAAAGCCAGUACAGUGAUAGCGACUUCAUUCAUACUUGGUGGAAUUGCAACUAUUGUUAUUGCUCUUCACAAUCUCGAAAUUGAUGACCAUCCCACCAAGACUGACGAAAUGAAGGUAGUUCUUGGUGUGGGUGCUUUAUUGUACGCAAUUCUUACUUUUCUCCAGUGCUAUGUUGCACAAUUGGUAAACAGUCAGUCCAUGAGAGCGCUAGCGGUGGAUUCAGCCCAAGGUGCGUUUAUGUCUGUUGGAGUGUUGGUAUCUACUUACGUUUAUACCAAAUUUAAACAAUUUUGGUAUCUGGACCAUGUAGUUGCGACAAUAGUAGGUGUUGUGUCUUUAAUAUACGGUAUAAGUUUAUUUGUGGAAAUACUUGGGUUAAGUAUAAAGGAAAGAUUAAUGUUAGCUUUCCAGAGAGAAUUUUAAGAUUGUUUGUUCAGCUUUGAUAUAGUUGUUAAAAAUUUGCAUUAAAUAAAAUUAUCAAAGUA